CUUACUUUUUAUUAUUGCAAUUCAAUUCCUUAGUUUAGUCUUAUCAAAGUCCUUUCAUGGAAGGCAAAUCAGAAUCCUUCACAAUGGCCUGAUUGUUCCAAAAUGAUUUCUUUUUGUUUCAAUCAUCUCUAAAUCUUUAGAGAUUCUGGCACGCCAGCGCAUUUCCAAUGUUCCAAUUUUGUGCAAACAAUAGGCGAGGCCAACAUGUGUACCUCUGUUUGCCCUACCAUUAAAACAUAUAUGGAUCUAUACAUUAAAACAUAUAUAUAUAUAUAUAUAUAUAUAUAUAUAUAUAUAGAUAAUAAAAUAAAAUGAUACAUAUGACAGUAGUACAUUCACACAUUGGCAGAGUAAAUCGAAACCGGUAAUGAGUUGAAGAUGGCCAGCUUCUUCAAUUACACAGUGUUCAUAUUCUCGCUUCUGUGUUCGAUACAUCUCUGCAAUGUGAAUGCCUCAAGUUCGUCUUCAUCUUCCUCCUCUUCAGCAACCACAAUUCACACCAACAAUUGGGCUGUUUUAGUCUGCACAUCCCGUUUCUGGUUUAAUUAUCGGCAUAUGGCCAAUACUUUAUCUCUAUAUAGGACGGUUAAACGGUUAGGAAUACCUGACGAGAGGAUAAUACUUAUGUUGGCUGACGAUAUGGCUUGCAAUGCUCGGAACAAGUACCCUGCGCAAGUCUUCAACAAUGAAAACCACAGACUUAACUUGUAUGGAGAUAAUGUUGAGGUAGAUUAUCGAGGUUAUGAAGUGACAGUUGAAAACUUUUUGCGAGUUUUAACAGGGCGUCAUGAGAGUGCUGUGCCAAGGUCAAAGCGUCUUUUGAGUGAUGAAGGAAGCCACAUAAUUCUUUACAUGACAGGACAUGGAGGAGAUGAAUUUCUAAAAUUUCAAGACUCAGAGGAGCUUCAGAGUCAUGAUUUAGCUGAUGCAGUGAAACAAAUGAAAGAAAAGCAUAGAUUCAAAGAGCUUUUGAUAAUGGUAGACACUUGCCAAGCUGCCACUCUCUUUUCUCAGCUUCGUUCACCUGGUGUUUUGGCUAUUGGAAGUAGUAUGAAAGGAGAAAACUCUUAUUCACAUCACUUGGACUCUGAUGUUGGUGUCUCCGUUGUCGAUCGUUUCACAUUUUAUACCCUUGCUUUCUUUGAGAGGCUGAGUAUUUAUGACAAUGCUUCAUUGAGCAGUCUUUUCAAUUCCUAUAAUCCAAGCAUGCUGUUCUCAACUGCAUAUUAUCGAACAGAUCUAUACAAACGACAGUUAGAAGAGGUACCUGUAACAAACUUCUUUGGUUCAGUCAUGGAAACAAUUCACACUGAUUCAGCUUAUAGAGGCCACACAGGCAAAGACUCCAGCAAGGCUAAAAUCAAGAUAUCAAUUGAUCAACCAGUCAGCCUGGACAAGCGAAGAGCUCUAAGUUCAAACAUACAGCAACAAAUUAGUGAUUCAAACCCGAAGGAUCAACCGGUCUCUUGUCCUUUUACACGAAUGUGGAGUAAUUUUCAGGACAAGAUGGUUAAAAUUAAAGACGUUGAUACCUUCGUGAACUAUGGUUUUUUAGUAAUGCUAUCACUGGUUGCAGUUUCCACUUGGUUAUCAUGGUGAAGGAGCCUUUCCUAUGUAAUUUUUCUCUUGCAUAUUAUUCUCCUUGUUCACACAAAGACACUGAAAAAGAAAAAAGAAAAGAAAAAAAGAAAAGAAAAGAAAAGAAACCGAUAACAUGUUCUCCAAUUUUAUUUCAGAUUCCUAGAGUAUAUUUGGCCUGAUUGUGAUCUCCUGUGUAUGCAUAUCUUUCCCUCCCCUUGAUGUUCUUCAUUUUUGUAGCAAAGAAGAAAUAUGAAAAUGUGCAUACUUAUUUUUCUUUGGUA